CAGAGUAGAUGGCUCGAAGAACAAGCGAAAAAUGAACAUAUUUGACCUCAAUGUCAUCGUUUACCGGUAGAGUCUGCUCAAAGUGUCUGGGUUUUCAUAUUGUGACCUGGCGAUGCGUGCAUCCUGGGGCGUGGAAUCGACGCCACAAGACCCAACUACAAAAGGAGGGGUUUUGACAUCGAACAAGUUGUUUAUGUAUUUGUUCUCCCUUGCUCUCAAAUAAUUACCGCUUGCCUCUGGGAGUCAUGGAUGUCCCGUUGCCAUUUGAUAAGCUGGCUCUAAAACUAGUUGAUGAAAAGUCUCUACAUGAAACCAUAAGCAAUGGCAAGACACAUGUUGUUCUGGUAGCAACUGGAAGUUUCAAUCCUCCCACUUUCAUGCAUUUACGCAUGUUUGAGCUUGCAAGAGAUGCAUUGAAUUCGGAAGGCUACUGUGUUAUUGGAGGUUAUAUGUCACCUGUUAAUGAUGCAUACAAAAAAAAGGGCCUUGUUUCUGCUGAACAUCGGGUACGCUUAUGUCAUCUGGCCUGCAAAAGUUCAGAAUUUAUAAUGGUUGAUCCAUGGGAAGCAACUCAAAGUACAUAUCAGCGCACUUUAACUGUUUUAUCUAGAGUCCGGAAUUGUAUUUCCAAGGCAGGGCUGGUACCCAGAGAAUCCCUCAAGGUCAUGCUCAUCUGUGGUUCUGAUCUCCUUCACUCCUUUGGCAUUCCUGGAGUAUGGAUUUCUGAGCAGGUUAAGGCCAUAUGCAAAGAUUAUGGAGUAGUUUGCAUCCGCAGAGAAGCACAAGAUGUUGAGAGGACUAUCUCUGAUAAUGACAUUUUGAAUGAAAAUCGGCAGGCUAAUAUCAAAGUUGUGGAUGAAAUUGUACCAAAUCAAAUCAGCUCAACCAGAUUAAGGUUCAGCCCGCAGCAAAAUUCUUCGGGAAAAUCACUACAAAGUCACUAAGAUUUUAAUUAUCACAAGGUGCCAUGAAAUGUAUGAAUUACUCUGAAGUCCCAAAUUUCUUAUUUUGUAUUUCUAUUUCAUAUAUAAUUACUAAAUUCAUUAGUUCUAAGAUUUAACAUUGAUAGAACAGUUUUACCACCAAUGAGUC